CUACUUCCGGUGCUGUGAGGGCUCGGGGCUGACGCGGGGUAAUUUCUCUCCUGCAAUUACUACUGGAUGGAAGUAUGCUCUUUUCCCGAUAGAAGAUGGUAAUCUCGGAGAAUGACCAUGGAGAAGGGGAUGAGUUCUGGAGAAGGGCUGCCUUGCAGAUCAUCUCAGGUUUCGGCUGUUAACAUAAUAGCCAAAGAGUUGGAAACCAAGCAGUCCCAUAAAGAGAAGCGAGGGGGCUUUGUGUUGGUGCAUGCAGGUGCAGGUUAUCAUUCUGAAUCCAAAGCCAAGGAAUAUAAACAUGUAUGCAAACGAGCUUGUCAGAAGGCAAUUGAAAAGCUACAGGCUGGUGCUCUUGCAACAGAUGCAGUAACUGCAGCUCUGGUGGAACUUGAGGAUUCUCCUUUUACAAAUGCAGGAAUGGGAUCUAAUCUAAAUCUCUUGGGUGAAAUUGAGUGUGAUGCCAGCAUAAUGGAUGGAAAAUCCUUAAAUUUUGGAGCUGUUGGAGCACUGAGUGGAAUCAAGAACCCAGUCUCAGUUGCAAAUAGACUCUUGUGUGAAGGGCAGAAGGGAAAACUCUCCGCUGGUCGAAUUCCUCCCUGCUUUUUAGUUGGAGAAGGAGCCUACAGAUGGGCUGUAGAUCAUGGAAUACCCUCUUGCCCUCCUAACAUCAUGACCACAAGAUUCAGUUUAGCUGCAUUUAAAAGAAACAAGAGGAAACUAGAGCUGGCAGAAAGGGUGGAAACAGAUUUCAUUCAACUAAAGAAAAGAAGACAAUCAAGUGAAAAGGAGAACGACUCAGGCACUUUGGACACGGUGGGCGCUGUGGUUGUGGACCAUGAAGGUAAUGUUGCUGCUGCUGUCUCCAGUGGAGGCUUGGCAUUGAAACAUCCAGGGAGAGUUGGACAGGCUGCUCUUUAUGGAUGUGGCUGCUGGGCUGAAAAUACUGGAGCUCACAAUCCCUACUCCACAGCUGUGAGUACCUCAGGAUGUGGGGAGCAUCUUGUACGCACCAUACUGGCUAGAGAAUGUUCACACGCUUUGCAAGCUGAAGAUGCUCACCAAGCUCUGUUGGAGACUAUGCAAAACAAGUUUAUCAGGACCAUGGACUUGAUUAUAAAGGUUGGUGCCAUCACAGAAUUGGGAGCUGCUGAGCUAUUCACAAUAGGUUCACCUUUCCUGGCCAGUGAAGAUGGCGUGCUUGGAGGAGUGAUUGUUCUCCGAUCUUGCAGUUGUUCUGCAGAGCCUGCCUCCUCCCAAAAUAAGCAGACACUUCUAGUGGAAUUUCUGUGGAGCCACACAACAGAGAGCAUGUGUGUUGGAUAUAUGUCAGCCCAGGAUGGGAAAGCCAAGACUCACAUUUCCAGACUUCCUCCCGGUGCAGUGGCAGGACAGUCCGUGGCCAUUGAAGGUGGGGUUUGCCGCCUGGAGAGCCCAGUGAACUGAACCGUCAGGCUGAGCAUGAAGCGCCCGAUGGUCAUUUCAGAACCUGAGCUUUUUGAUUUGGGGUUUUUAACUGAAGUUUGAUGUUUUAUCAUCUUCAUUUUAUAAUUCCAAUUAAAGCCUCAUGCACUGCUCGUGACACUAGUGCUGCUGUAAUUAGUGCUUAAUGAUGGGCCUUUGGCAGGUGAGCAGCACUGGAGAGAGAGGGAGAGGGAGAGAAACAGAGAGAGAGAGUGCGCAUGUGUGUGCACGUAUGUGCGCACAGCACGAGUGCUUGCUUCUCCCUUGAUGAAGUAGAAACUCCUUAUUGUGUAACCUAAGAGCAGGAAUGAUUAAAUCAUCUUCACAAAAUGUGUGCUUUAACUGUUUACAAGUAAAACCUAAAGUUGCAGGAAACAUUUUUUAUUUCAUAAAGAGGUACUACUGUCGUGAUGUAAUGUGUCUGAACUGAAGAAUAAAUCUACUUCUUUAAAUGAUUUGACAGUGGUAGUGCUCCAGUAAUAAGUAAUAAAGUGUUUUUAUUUGUUAACCAGUUUAAGUGGAUCUUGUGGUAACUUAAACUGUUAUUCUCAUCCCUCAUAUGGGGCAUUUUUCUUUAACAAAGAAUGGUUUCAGUGAAACAAUCUAGCAGAGAAUUAAGGUCGGAACCUUUUUAAAUAAUAGUCUUAUUGAUAAAGUUUGUACUUCUUCCCUCAAGCCUUUCUAAGCUUAAAUACUGCAUAGCUUCGAGCUGUAUGUACUAUAUUAUGAAAGACUAUGUAAAGAGAACAUACAGUAAUGCACAGUCCUUAAUUUGUGUAUAGUGGAAUGUUAUUUACAAUGUAACUGUAAAUAAGAAAGCAGAAUUUAUGGGAAAAUUCAAUAUUAUCUUUGUUUCUUGUUUAAAUAUAUUUUUAAGGUAAAGGCACAAAAAUAAAAGAAGCAUAUUACUGGGUAUACAGUGUGUGACACCUCUUCACAGACUAAUAAAUUAUCUUUUGAAUCCUA